UAAUGUUUCAUUGUAAUUGUUCUAGGUUAAACACGUGAAAGGCAUCUGAUAUUUACUUUUCAUUCGUUUUUCAUCUGUUAAAAAGCUUUGAUUCACUAUUUUUAUAUUAAUUUAUCCUCUAUGUGUAAUAUUCAAUUUUUUCCAUGAAGCAGAAGCAAACAUCAUGGCUCGACGAUGCAAGUUGCGGAAAGGGAAUUCCAUCAAUAUUAACUUUGAAAAUGAGACUGAAAAUAAUGUUAACCAGAACUUUCAAGAAACUCAAGAGUUACACCAAAAUCAGACUUCAAAUUUUCAAGGGAAUACUAGUCAGAAGACAAUGAGGUAUCAUUAUGAAGGCCAUUUUAUAUUUUCACCAAAUAGAAUAUAUGAAAAUGGUAGGUUCAUGGAGAAACCUAAUUUUGAUGUUGAUUUCAUCUCAUUUUUUGAUAUAUUGGAUGACUUGAAAAAGGAUUGUGGAUUUGAUGUUAUAAAAGGAGAUAAAUUUUAUUACUUGAAGGCUGAUAUAGCUCUUAGUGAUCUUGAUGCAUUGAUAGAGGUUAAAGAUGAUACAGAUGUGAAAAAUAUGAUGGAUAGUUAUAAGAAGUUCCCUUCGAAACCCAUUGAUAUAUACACUCUAUUUCGAGAUUAUGAUAUUUUACCAAAUGGACUUGGUGACGAGCUACCCGCAGUUACCGUUGAUCACACUUCUAAUCAACUUCAAAAUCCAAAUGCAACUGCAGCAACAGGUUCCAAUACAAUUAAAAGAAAAACUAGAGGACCAAACGAUGCUUGAAAAUCACACAAUUGGAGAAUGGGUAAAAAUUGCCAGUAGAAUUUGAUGAAGAUGAUCAAGCUAUUGGUGAUAAUGCUACUGUAUUUG